GCUGACGCGCCUGUUGGAGCACGCAGCUAUCGGAUUUCUCAGGAACGCCCAAGUGCUUCUUGCCAUAGAAAAAAGACGCUAGGCAUGCAGGUUUGCCCGUCGACAUUGUGUCCUCCCAAUCAUACCUCACCACCGCGGCGAGCAUCGCAUUCAUUGGCGUUUGGUUGCGUGUAAAAAAACUGAGGCUCGCGAUCCUCAACUCUUUGCAGCGCAGUUGCAGCAGUAAUGCGAUGGUAAGUAAAUAAAUAUGAAGGGUGUUACUUCCCAAUGCCAUUGCGCUCACUCGCUCUGUCUCCAUUCAUCAUUUAAGCAUCGUUUCCAAUAAGACCCUUCCAUUCGGCACGUCUGUCAGCCCAUCCACGAGUACGAUAUACCUUGACCAAUAAUGGCUGCGGAUCUUCCGUCGCCGCCGCCUACAACCUUCAUGUGCCACGAGCCCGGCUGUGAGUCGAAGCCGUUCGCCAGCCCGUCCAACCUCAAGAGGCACGCCAAGGCGAAACACGGGCCCAAAGCUACGAUGCCCUGCGGCAAGAAGCGGAGCGACCACUCCUCCAACAACAAGCGCCACGAGAAAUCUUGCAGGCCAUGUCAACAAGCUCGGGGAGACGCUGUCUCCGCCGUCAAGCAAGAAGAGCAAACGUCGCCUGCGCAUAGCGGUACUGGGUGCCCCUUCGACGCCAUCGAGGAUGACGGAGUGCCCUUCGACUUUGACCCUUUUUCUUCCUACCACUUCUUCUAGGACUUCCAACAAGUUGAAGUAUCGUUUUGAUUGUUUGGCCACGAUCGCGAGCCUCCAC